AUGGAGAACGUGUUUGAUCACUAUGAUCUGCUGGAGGUGAUGGAAGGAACGGAGAAGCGUCCCGAGAACGACCCGGAGAAGAGCCCGUGGGUGCGGAAGAGCGCACAAGGCUACCUCCUACUUGGGCAAGCGUUGGGGAGCAACCAGAUCCGUCACAUCAAGCCUUUCCAGCGUGAUCCAGAGAAGGGACCAAAGGCAUGGGCUGCUCUCAAGGUCGUGGUCCUCCCUCAUCAUCAACUUGAACCGCGAUCCGCCGCCGUGAGUUGGCGAGUGCGGAUGGCGCUGGGGCAGCAAGCGUCGGCCGUGGAUAUGGCCGUGGAAGAGGCAGAGGACGAAGAGGAGGAAGAUUUGGUGGCAGCAACUUUGGCGGAGGCCGCGGGAGUGGCGGUUACGGCGGCGACGACAAGAGCUACGGGCGCGGUCGCGGCCGAUUCGAUGGCGAGCCAAGAGGGUGGAGGAGCAGGAGGAGGGAGAGGCAGAGGCCGUGGAGGCCGUGGCGGUCGCGGAGGUGGAGCCGCGAACAUGAAGAACGAAGAUAACGACAAGGACCCGAGCGGCGAUCGGUACCCGGGUCUAUUCUACUUCGUGUCGACGCAAGUACCGGCUGGUCCAGAGAAGGAUGAAGACCUUGAGGAGCCAGCAGCUGUGGGGAAGGUGACCCUACACCCCCUGGACUUUUGGGUGAUCGAUAGCGGCGCUACCUACAGCAUGACACCUCGCCCCGACUUGCUCACCGAACUCGAGCCGUCACCGGUGAAGCAUGUCACAUCGGCUUUGGGGCAGCGAGCAGAGGUGAAGGGCAUGGGCAAGGCCAUGUUCAAGGGUGCUGAUGGGAAGAUGGUGGGCCUCAAGAACGUGCUUUGGGUGCCCAGCCUUGCUGCGAAUCUGAUUUCCGUGCGGCGGUUGGCAAAGGCCGGCAUGGACACGAACUCGAAGGGAGCCAAGACCUACACCGCAAGGAUUGGCGACCGGAUUCUAUGGGACCUUCACGAGGAUAGGGACGUCUACAACGAGAUGUGGCAGAUCCCUGUGGUCCCCAUGCCUAAGGAGAGGCAAGUGGCAGCAAGCAUCAGCACCAAGGGUGACGCGGUUGGUAGCGGCGAUGGCGCGAACGGCCGCGCUAAGGAGAACGAGCUCAAGAAGAGCAAACCUGGAGUGGCCAGCAAGCUGUGUGACCAUAAGGAGAGUGGUGCAGCAGCCAAGGAGCAGCACAAGGGUGAGGAGAACCCCGAGGCAGCAGCGAAGGAGGAGUACGGAGAGAGUAUGUGGGGCGCUAUUGCGAGCGCGGCAUUCUCCAAUCCAACUUCGGCUACGGGGGAGUGUGAUUGGCUCACCUUACAUCGGCGAAUGGGGCAUGUGGCCCUGCCUAUUUUGCAGCAGCUAGUGAAGAAUGAGAUGGUUGCUGGCAUACGUGUGAAGGGGGAGCCCGAUGAGGUGCUUGGCUGCCCGACGUGCUUGCAGGCCAAGUUCACGCGGUUUCCGUUCUCGAGCUCGGAGACGACGGCAAAGGCACCGCUUGAUGAAGUGGUGAUGGACGUGGUGGGCCCCCUGAAGCUUGGAGCUGCUGGAGCAGAGUAUUUCCUCACCAUAGUGGAUGUCUACACCCGCAUGACUUGGGUGUACGUGCUGGCCAAGAAGAGUGACUUCCUGGGCAAGGAGUUUGGGUUGUGGCUGAAGAAGAACGGCAUUCGGCACUCCCUCACCAUGCCAUACUCCCCUGCAAUGAACGGCAUCGCCGAGCGUGCGAACCGGACGAUCACGGAGGCGGCACGCGGGUUGCUCAUUGAAGCCGGGCUACCCGACUAUUUCUGGCCUGAUGCGGUGCGGAGCGCGUGUGUGGCCAAGAACAGAGUCUUGACUCAUGUGGGAGCAGACAAAUGGGUGCCCUAUGUGGAGUGGCUUGGCAGGAAGCCAAAGGUGGAUAUGCUUCGGGUUUUCGGGUGCAUGUGUAUGGCGCUCGUACCUAAGCAUCUUCGGCACAACAAGCUUGGUGCCAAGGCGGUGUGGGCCGUGCACUUGGGCAUGGCUCAAAACAGCAAGGGGUGGCUUCUUUGGGACCCAUUCACCAAGAAGUUCAUGGUGAGCAGGGACUGCAAGUUCAUGGAGAACUUCAUGUACAAGGAUUGGAAGGCGGAGAAUGAGGCGAAAAUAGGCGUGCGGUUUGGAGAGGUGAAGAGUUCCGGGUUGGAGCACGUGGAGCUGCCUUUGGAGCUGAGCAGCGGCAGCACCACCACGAGGCAAUCUUCCCUUGUGAAUGGGGGAGAGGAGGCCAAUGAUGCAGAGGAAGAGGAGGAGGAGGAGGUGCAGCAAGUGAGCGAACGUGCACCGACGCUCCCUUCCCGCACUACGAGCGCUCCACGGAACCGCACCACACCGCAACAACGCCAAGGCCUUCAAGGCAAGACGGCCCUAGCUGGAGCGGCAAUGAUGGUCGGAGACGACGAGGAGAGUGAUUACGAGGAGUGUGCCUUCGCAUUCUUCUCUCCGGUGGAGAUGCCGGGAGAACCAGCAACUCUCAAGGAAGCCUUGGAGAGUAGUGAUGCUGAGGAGUGGAAGAAGGCAAUGGAGAGUGAGCUGAAGAGCAUUGAGGAGAACGACACGUACGAGUUGGUGGAGCUACCGGAGGGGCGUACGGCGAUUACGUCCAAGUGGCUCUUCAAGAUCAAGUCCGACGCCGACGGCAAGAUCGAGCGUUACAAGUCUCGGCUGGUGGCCAAGGGGUACCAGCAGAAGGAGAAUGUGGACUACAAGGAGCUGUUUGCUCCUAUGGUGAAGCCGACAACGCUGCGAACCCUACUCGCGGGAGCCGCGAUCAAAGGAUGGGUGGUGAAGCAGCUAGACAUCGUCACGGCGUUUCUCAACGGAAUCCUCGAGGAGGAGAUUUUUAUGGCGCAGCCAGAGGGGUUUGACGAUGGCAGCGGCAGAGUGUGGAAGCUGAAGAAGGCCCUCUAUGGGCUGAAGCAGGCCCCUAGGCAGUGGUACCUGAAGCUGCGCGAAGUGUUGGAGGAGAUCGGCUUCACUCCCUCAACGGCCGAUCACUCCUUGUUCAUGCUUGGCGAGGGGGAGCAGAGGAGCUUCAUGGUCGUGUACGUGGACGACAUCCUCAUCUUCUCACCCUCCUCUGACCUUGUGAAGGAGGUGAUGCUGAAGCUGCAAGACAAGUUCAAGUGCAAGUCCCUUGGGGACGUGAACUUCUACCUCGGGCUCCACAUCGAACGAGACGUGGAGAAGCGGUGCAUGCGGGUGCACCAACGCAAGUACCUGGAGGCAUUGGCUGCCAAGUUUGGGCAGAAUGAAGGCCAUGUGGCUACACCCUUUCCCUCUGGGUUCAAGUGUGUGAAGGGACCAGAGGAGGAGAGCGUGGGUGAAGAGGAGAGGCGCCGUUUUCACUCGUUGGUGGGCAGCCUCAUGUACGCGGCAGUCAACACACGACCGGAUGUCGCGUUUGCUACCGGGCAGCUGGCUAGGGUGGUGCAAUGCCCUAAUGAGGAGCAGGUAGCAGCUGGAAUGAGGGUGGCCAAGUAUCUUGGCCAAACACCGACCGUUGGGCUGCAAUAUUCGGCAGCGGCACAAAGGCGCCAAAAGGGCGCGGAUGGUGUGGAACCCGGGCGUUUGUUCCUCACCGCAUUCUCGGAUGCCUCCUAUGCUUCUGAACCAGAGGACAUGACAAGUGUUGGAGGGUUCAUUUGCUGUGUUGGUGGAGGCCCAACUGCUUGGGAGAGCAAGAAGCAGGUGGACCAAGCAUUGAGCUCGGUGGAGUCCGAGUACAUGGCACUCUUCCGUGCCGUACGGGAGAUUGUGUGGCAGCGGCGUUUGUUGGCUGAAUUGGGGGAGGAGCAGCAAGGACCUACCCCACUCUAUUGUGACAGCCAGGGAGCCAUUGCUCUAGCCAAGAACCCUGUGCUACACGGCCUGACGAAGCACAUGAGGGGAAAGUGGCACUGGACAAGGAGCAUGGUGGCCGCGGGUGAAGUUGAGCUGCGCUACGUGAAGACGACGGGGCAGCCGGCAGACAUGAUGACUAAGAGGCUGGUGGAGCAGCAGCAUUGGAAGUGUUGCAAGCUGGCCGGGAUGGCUCUGAACUGA